GAUUCACAGAGAGGGAAGGAACAAGUGACUGAGGGAGACAGGCGCUUGGAGAGUGGGGUCAAGUUGAACAGGACUUCCUAACCCAAACCUGGGAGAGGUGGCUGCUAUCCAGCGUGGCCCAAGAGGCACCAGCCUAGCGCGUGGAGUCCCCAGGUUCGCACAGCCCUGCGCUGUGGCUCGCGGCUGCUGUCUCCAGGAGCGCCCGAUAAGGUCUCACUCCAUUUCUCCUGCUCAGCUCCUGUCUUGAAACUGCAAUAGGGGCUGGAACUCACUGCACGCAGUGGUCAUGGGACCCAGGAUAGGGCCGGUGAGUGAGGAGCCCCAGAUGCCAGACAAGGACAUCAAGGCCAUGAUGGGCACAGAAGACACACCUGGAGGCAAAGCCAGCCCAGACCCUCAGGACUCGCGGCCAAGUGUGUUCCACAGCAUCAAGGUCUUCGUCCUGUGCCACAGCCUGCUGCAGCUGGCGCAGCUCAUGAUCUCCGGCUACCUCAAGGGUUCCAUCUCCACAGUGGAGAAACGCUUCGGCCUCUCCAGUCAGACUUCUGGGCUGCUGGCCGCCUUCAACGAGGUGGGGAACACAGCCCUGAUUGUGUUUGUGAGCUAUUUUGGCAGCCGGGUGCAUCGGCCCCGACUGAUCGGCUGUGGGGCUAUCCUUGUAGCCCUGGCGGGCCUGCUCAUGGCUCUCCCACACUUCAUUUCGGAGCCAUACCGCUUCGACAACACCAGUCCUGCGGACAUGCCGCAGGAUUCCGAGGCUUCCCUGUGCCUGCCCUCAACCUCUGCCCGGGCCCCAGCCUCCUCCAACAGCAGCUGCUCAAGCCACACGCAGGCCCAGCAUCUGGUCGCGGUGGGGAUCAUGUUCACGGCACAGACCGUGCUCGGCGUGGGCGGGGUGCCCAUUCAGCCCUUCGGCAUCUCCUACAUUGAUGACUUUGCCCACAACAGCAACUCGCCCCUCUACCUUGGCAUCCUGUUUGCAGUGACCAUGUUGGGACCAGGCAUGGCCUACGGGCUGGGCGGCCUCAUGCUACGCCUUUAUGUGGACAUUAACCGAAUGCCAGAAGGAGGUAUCAACCUGACAUCGAAGGACCCCCGAUGGGUGGGUGCCUGGUGGCUGGGCUUCCUCAUCUCGGCUGGAGUCGUGGCCCUGGCUGCCAUCCCCUACUUCUUCUUCCCCAGAGAGAUGCCCAAGGAGAAACACGAGCUUCGCUUCCGGCGAAGGGUCUUGGCAGUUUCAGCCUCACCUGUCAGCAAAGGUGAGGAUUCCUCCUCUGAGCAGAGCACUGAGGCGUCCCCGGAAAAGAAGGCUGGCCUAGCCCAGAUUGCACCAAACCUGACUGCGGUCCAGUUCAUCAAAGUCUUCCCCAGGGUGCUGCUGCGGACCCUGCGCCACCCCAUCUUCCUGUUGGUGGUCCUGUCCCAGGUGUGCACAUCGUCCAUGGUGGCGGGCAUGGCCACCUUCCUGCCCAAGUUCUUGGAGCGCCAGUUUUCCGUCACAGCAUCCUUUGCCAACCUGCUCAUAGGCUGUGUCACCAUCCCCUUGGCCAUCAUGGGCAUCGUGAUGGGGGGCUUCCUGGUCAAGCGCCUCCGCCUGGGCCCCAUGCGCUGCAGCAUCCUUUGCCUACUGGGGAUGCUGUUCUGCCUCCUUCUCAGCCUGCCCCUCUUCUUCAUGGGCUGCUCCACCCACCACAUCGCAGGCAUCAUCCACCAGCCUGGCGCGCAGCCUGGGCUGGAGCGGUUUCCAGGCUGCAUGGAGCCCUGCUCCUGCCCAUCGGACGACUUUAACCCUGUCUGCGAGCCCAGCAGCCGUGUGGAGUACCUCACGCCCUGCCACGCGGGCUGCACAAGCCGGAUGGUCCAGGAAGCUCUGGACAAAAGCCAGGUUUUCUACACCAACUGCAGCUGCGUGGCAGGGGGCAGCCCUGUGCUGGCGGGCUCCUGCGACUCAGCCUGCAGCCACCUGGUGCUGCCCUUCAUGAUCCUGGUCGGCCUGGGUGCAACACUGGCCAGUGUCACCCACACACCCUCCUUCAUGCUCAUCCUAAGGGGAGUGAAGAAAGAAGACAAGACUUUGGCUGUGGGGAUCCAGUUCAUGCUCCAGAGAGUUUUGGCCUGGAUGCCCAGCCCUGUGAUCCACGGCACUGCCAUUGACACCACCUGUGUGCACUGGGCCCAGAGCUGCGGGCGUCGGGCCGUCUGCCGCUACUAUGACAACGACCUGCUCCGAAACCGGUUUAUCGGCCUCCAGUUCUUCUUCAAGACGAGCUCCCUGGCCUGCUUCGCCUUGAUUUUGGCCAUCCUAAGGCAGCAGAACAAAGAGGAGGGGACUAAGGCGACGGUAUCCAGCCCUGGCCUACAGCAGCAGCUGUUAGCAUCAGGGCGAGAGAAGAAGCCUGAAGAAUCGAGAGUGUGAGCUGUCCCAGGGCCCCACCCUAGGCAAGAGUGAUGGCCACAGCGAGGAUCUCCUCUGGUCCCUUUGCCCGAGAUUGGGUGUUGGGAGCCCUGUUUCCCAAUUUUGACUCCUCCACUAACUUGCUGUGUGACUUCGGGCAAGUCACUGACCCUCUCUGGGCCUUUGCUCAUCUGAACCAAGGAGUUCCUUGGGGUCUGCUGUGUUGGCUACUUCUAAAGCAAGAGGGUCUUCCCCCUUCCUUCCUCAGCCAGACGGGCUGACCCGAAACCAGGCUUUCCUGGGUGGAAGGACCACGUAUCUUUCUCCCGGGCCCAGGGAUAGAGAAGUGGACAAGAGUAGGCCACACUGCCCUGCACACAGGAUCCUAUCCCGGCUCUGCCGUUCUCCUGGAGCACCCUCUCUGAGCCUCAGCCACCAUCUCUGUUAGGGGGAAGUGGACUUGCCAGCAUUGCGGCCCCUUCCAGCUGUGACCAUCUGUGUGGUCGGGAUGGACUCAGGCCUCGUCCCAGCCCCGCUCAGCCUGGAGGUGGGGCCAGGACAGCCUCUGUCAAGAAGUGUCCAUUUGGCGCCCCCUGGAGGCAGAGUCCUGAGCUCUGAGGGAGGAGGAAAGGGAGGUGGCGUCACUCUCAGGACAUCCAGGCUGGGCAGGGCCUUCGGGAAAGCUGGUGUGACAGCCCAAGGGCCUUAGCUGAGGCAGGAGGCUCACUCUCUGGGCUCAGGAAGUCCAGCCCUUGCCCUCGGGGAGCCACGGUCUGGGAGAGGCCUAGUGUCUGCCGUAGGGGCUCUGGUGGGGAGGAAGACCCAGGUCCCACACUUAGACACCGUCUAACCCCAAAGACCAAACACGCUCAGCACACACUCCCUGGGACCUGUGCAUCGCCACGAUUUCACACGUUUGACCAGGGCCCACCAAACUCACUGUGACUUUCGGGACUAAAAUUAUAAUUUCA